CUCGGUUGUGGAUCUACGCAUGCCACGUGCCUCGCUACCUCUCUGGGUUCUCAGAGGAAAAAAGCUGUCGACGGAUAAAAUGAUAAAAUGGGCCCCCGCCCAGGAUCGUCGAACCUGUCCCUUCUCGCCCCCCCCAGCCUAUAUACUAGUACUACAUGUUAGCUAGUAUGCAGAGCAUGUCAGAGGACGACGCUGCCUAUACUGAACUGCUCACCCAACUGCUCUCUGAUUCGUCCAGCACCCGCAACGCUCGGGUGCACUCGUGGAUAGAACACCAGUAUGACUUCGCAUUCUCGGAGCAGGACCCUGCCGCCAAUGCCCCCCACUCGAGACCCCCGUCCCCCUCGCCAUCUUCGUCUCUCGGGGCCCACCGCACAUUCUCCAUAGAUCGACCGGACUCUCCCCUCCUCCCACGGUCAUCUGCAGACUCACCGUCCUCUCCCCGCUCAGACGCCUUGCCCCUCCUACGACACCCUUUUCUUUCCUCAGUCUCCUCGUCGCUCAGAAGAGGACCAACGCGAGGAACGCGAACGCGAACGCGCCCUCAAAUUUAUCGUCCAAGAAAUGGCUGCCCACCUCAAAAUACAAUCUGCCCCAUCUACGCCAAGCAAGCACCUUGACAAGGUUCGUUUUCACUUUUUUCCGUAGUGCUUCAAUGCCAACGUGCAUCUCUAGCCGUUGCCCGCACCCCCUCCGUCGCCAGCAACCUCCAUAUCACAUUCGAUGUCACCGCGGGCACUCCGUUCCCGCUCGUCCUCGAUGCGAAU